AUGACGAUUAUUGUGUUUUUACUUGGUUUUGUUUACGAAUGUUUGCUGACUGACAUAACCAUAGCUUUGCAAUGUGGUAUAAGAAGGUCCGAUUGCUGCUCUGGUUACAUAUAUGACAAAGACAAAGCUACCUGUGUCGAAUGUCCUGCCGGGUAUUAUGGUCUUCACUGCAAUGGAUCAUGUCCAUUUCCUUCCUAUGGAGUUUCAUGUCGUCUUCACUGUAUCUGUGAAAUACAAUACUGUCAUAACGUGUACGGGUGUUACAUAGAGAAAACUACAGGGGUGGCAUCAACGAUAACAAGUUCUCCAAAGUGGAAUAUUCUAGCAACACUAAAGAAUAACAGUCCAAAAAAUGAGACCAGCAUGUCAACACUUGUUUCAAAAAUGACUCGAGUGUCAGGAACAGAAUUUUAUGGUAAAUGAUCGUCCCUUUAGUAGAAUGAUUUUUUUUUUAUUUUUAUUAUUUUU